CAGAUCCAGACUACAGACCGGAUCCAGACCACAGACCGGAUCCAGACCACAGACCGGAUCCAGACCAGAGCUGCUACUGAUCAUGAGUUUCCUGAGUGGGCAUCUCCUCCAGAUGAGGAGCAGUGAUGAAGGUGAGAUCAGCUCCUCCUCCUGUCAAUCAAACAGUGAGAGGGCGGGGUCUGCAGACAGCGGUCCUGUGGCUCUGCCUCCUCGCUCCUGUCUUCGGUCAAGACCAAUCAGGAGCAAGAGAGUCACCUUCAGUCGGGACUCCAGGCAGCGUGAGGAGGAGGAGCAGGACCGACCUUUGCUGUCAGACAGCUGCAGACUGCUGACUUUAACCUCAGACUCACCAGCAGGAGGCAGCGUCGCUACGGCAACCAACCGCUCUGUAGAGCUCAGUGCCACUCACCGCUCACAGGAAGUGGCGCUCCAGCUCACUGGAGGUGGGCGGGGCCACAACUGGUCUGACAGGUGGUCUGGGUCCCUGCAGGGUACUCGCUGUGUCGGGGUCUCGGAGCUGUCGGUGGUCCUUAGAGGUCUUCUGCAGCUGGUGGAUCAGUACUGGAAGGGACCCGGGUCUCUGUACAGACACCAACAGUUCCUCAGUGGAGCGUAUGGUCUUCUGUCUGAGCUGCUGCAGCCUGCAGGAGGUCCACAGAGCGGAGAACUGGUUCUGUUGAGGAGGAAACUGGAAAGAACUGAACUACAACUGGUCAGUGACACAAACACUGCGUCCUCCAAUCAGCUGGUUGCUCACCUGAAGGAGAGGAUGAAGAGGAGGCUGCUGUUGGCGCUGAAGGAGAACUACCGACUGAACCUCAGAACAGCAAACACACACAGUAAUCUAGCGGACGACGGAUCAGCCACCAACAACAACAACAACAACAACAACAACAACAACAACAGAGAGCAGCUGUCAGGAGUCCAACUACAGACUGUAUAA